UCAAAAGUCAAAUAAAGACAAUUUAUUAAACUGUGAGAAACUGUAUUCACAAUGGCUCAACCACUUAGUUAAAUAUCUGAAAAUGUCGAAAUUCAUCUUUUAGAUGAAAACGAUGUGACAUACACAAUAAAAGUAUCGCCAAAUGAUGCAGCGCGUGCAGAAAAUGAUACGAUAUUUACUACUUAUCUUCUAGAAAGAGCAAAAUCAACAAGAUUCAGAUUUUGAUGCAGCAAGUCUGUCAAUGGAGUCUUCCAAUUCUGAGGAUAAUAAUGAAUCAAUGUUUAAAUGGUCUCAUGCGGCAAUUCUAUUGCUGGUAGAAAAGUAUCGGCUGCAAAAAAAUAACAUUGUAUCGGGUAAAAUAUCCCAGAAAAAAGUAUGGAAUAAUAUUGCAUCAGCAUUAUUUGUUAAAGGCUAUAAUGUCACUGAACCUCAAUGUCUUUCAAAAUUUCACGGAAUGAAACGAACUUAUAAAUCUAUAAAAGAUCACAAUAGCAAAUCAGGGAAUAAUCUUAGAACAUGGCCUUAUAUGGAAGUCAUGGAAUCUUUGCUUGGUGAACGACCUAUUAUGUCGUCUCCAGCAAUAGCCUCUUCAAGCAGUAUGUGUUCUAAUUCUAGAUCUAAUAGAGAAUCUAACUUAACAAAUGCAAAUAUAUGUAACAAUGCAAACUCAAGUAAUAAAAAUUUAAGCUAUUCAAAUUGUCAGAAGCGCAAGGCACAAGAAAGUACAUCAAACAUUGCUGAAUCAAUUUUACAAAGUCGGAAAUUGGCUGAGAACAAUAGUGAUCAGAGGCACAAAGAAAACAUGGACUUUGAAAAGCAAAUGCUAAAAUUCAUGGGUAAAAUUUUAGACAAAUUAUAAAUGUUUUUAUUUUAAUUUACAUGCAACAAAGAUAAAACGAAGUUGUAAUACAAAUUAUAAGAUUGUUUCCUUUGUUUUUGAUAAAACAUGUACCAUUUAUUUUCUUGUUUACUUCUUUUAGUACAAUUAAUAUUUUAUUUAGUUUUGUAAAAUAUAGUAUAGUAGCUGGUACAUCUAUUAUACUGCGUUCUGUCUUCCUUAAUAUUUUAAACAUAUUCUUAAAAUUUGCUUUAUUUUUUAAUAUUAAUAAUUAAUAUUAAGUUUAUACACAUAAGUAUUCACUAAUGUCUUCCCAUUGUAAUUUGAAUUAUUUUGACGAUUUUCAACUUUAUGCCUAUACAUACAUAUUUUUAUAAUAUAGUUAAUUAGUUAGAUAAAGUUAUUACGUAAACAUGGUCAUAGACGCAACGCAUAAAGUUGUGAAAAUCGUACAAAUAACAGUUAUAAUAGCAAGAGAUUAAUAACUUCCUGUGUACAUCUGUGAUAAAUUGAAUAAUGAUUAAAUGCAUAAGUGAUACUUAAUGUUAAGAACACUGAUAUAUAAAAUAAGAUUUUUCUUUCUAUGUUGGAACAAUUAAAAUGUUUGGUAAAUAUUUCUGAUGAAAGUUAUGUGGAACAGAAUUACUACAUUCAGUUAACUUAAUUAGUCUAUUAUAACAAAAUUAAUCAAUCAUAUUGAUCAGAAAAAUAAAUUGGUUCAUUAAUUUUACUGCUUGGUCGAUCGAAAAAGUUAACCAGAGUUAGUGAUAUUAGUUCUUUAUGUAUAACUAAGUAUUACAUUAUACUUAGUAUUACUUAUACAGUGUUACAUAUAUGUAACUUGUUUUUAUUUUUAUUGUACCUCAAGACAAGACAAUACAAAGUAUUUCAUUUUUAUUUUGUCGAAGGGAAUGAUUAAUUAAUAUUAAUGCUUGGUCGACCGAUUAAG